UUAGUAUCUGUGAAUAAAAAACCCGUACAAUCCCCAAAUGCCCCCAAAACCCUAUACAAAAAAAACGAAGCCUAUUCCCCUCAAAAAUAUCUGUAACGCCCUCCCGCCUACCAAAAAGCCAAUUCUUAUCUCACAACGGUAUUAAAAAAAAUAUAAUGCCCUCAAUAAACCAACAUUAACAAACGUAUAAUGCGGGGUUAUUCAGUGUUAAUAGUAAAUGUACAGUAUCAACCAAUCAGCGCAUCGAUAAGGACAAACGCAAAUUGUACGCGGGGAACGUGUACCCCCUAUUGGCCAGUUAAAGUGAGGAUGAUGGCACCGUGAUGGUAGAACAUGGCUGCUACGCAAGCCGAGAGCCAACAAAACGAUGUAAAGCACAAUGAAACAGUGAAAUGUAAUAAAAAAAGGGGACAAAAUAGUGGUAAUAGUGCAAGUGUUAGUAUUAAUAAGCAGCUUGAACAAGAGCCCACCGAUAAAAUAAAUCGGGGCGCGGCCCAGCUGCUCAAGUAUGUGAAUCGUGGUGACGGUGAUACUGGAUACGAAAUGAGUCAAUAUCGUGAGGACAUUGGUGGACAUAACGUUGGUGAUGUCAAAUCACCACGGGAUGUACCACAAAAUUCUCAGAAUAUAUCGGGUAUUGGUAGUGGUGAUGGCAAUGCUAGUAAACAGGAGUCACAGGGACAGUUACAACAGCAUGAACAAACACACAGUCAGCAUGGUGGACAACACUCUGGUGGACAUGCUAUUCAUGGACAUUCUGGACAUCAUUCGGGUCAUUCACCGCAUAAUAUACAUCAAUCACAUGGUGUUGGUCAUGGGGGUAAUUAUUCAGGGGGUAAUCCAACUGGUGGACAACACUUGUCCAGGGAUUAUCAUCAGGAUGAUUAUCAGGGAAAGUCCAGUGAUUUUGGGGGAAAACAAGGACCUGGAGAAUAUCACAGUAAACCGGGAUUAAGUGAGGGACAGAGUGAGGGAAGGCAUCAUUCAGAGAUGGAGGAGCAUUAUUCCUCGAAAAUUGAGGGCAGACUGGGACACAUUGUUCCUGGGGGGUUUCCAGGGCAGCCGAGGUUUUUGUCUGGUCAGAGUAUAUCACAGGCUACUGGACCCACACCGACAUUGAAUCAGUUGCUCCAGGCCACCAGCUCACCACAUAGGUUCCAUGCUAAUUAUCCGGGAAUUGCUCCGGAGUCGUAUCAGCAACCCUGGCCAAUGCAGAGACCCCCGGUUGUACCACCAGUCUAUCCACAGCCCAGCCAACGACCACCACAAACUGGAUCCCCGAGACUACAUCCUGGACCUGGCGGACCCAGCUCACCCACUCCCAUGCCCUAUCAGCCGUACACAACGCGAUAUCCAUCCCCUGCUAGGCCGCAUUCUCCUUAUGGGCAUCAUCAGUUGAAUUCAUACGCAACACAGGGAGGUCACCCCCCAAGCUUGUACCCCGACCAGAGGGCCUGGAACCAAGCUGGACCCCCUAAUGCCCCACCACCUCCACCAAGCCAGGCGAAUUCAUCGAGUCAGUCUCCGCAGCGAGCACUCUCCCAAUCGCCGGCACCACCGCCCUCGGCAUCCCCCCAACCCCAGCCGACGCCUGGACAACAGCAGAAUUAUCACAAUAUGCAACGAUCUACGACUCCUAAUACUCAAGGGAUUGACUCGGGGUUUCGAAUGAAAUUUCUGUUCCAGGAACUCUCUGGUCAAAAUAGUAAUGACAGUUCUAACGGGCCCGCGGGUCCAGGAACACCAAAUUCCCAGGGGAUGAGACCGACGCCAUCACCAACCGGCUCGACUGGUUCACGUUCAAUGUCGCCAGCUGUUGGGCAACAAAACGUCCAGAUGCCACCUCGGCCAUCGUCAAGCCAAUCAGAUGGUAGUGGCCCAGCUAGAAUGAGUCACUCACCAAUGGCAACCCAGGGUGGUUAUCAGCAGCCCCUUGGUCCAUCUGGACAUAUGCAUGGCUACAAAAUGAACAGCAGUGGUGUACCAACACCACCAACAGGCAUUGGUGGACCAAUGGGUCCAAUGGGUGGUGCUGGUAUGGGUUAUCCAGCAAGUGGUAAUGCACCGCAAACAGGUGGUUAUCCUGGCCAAACGCCUGGUGGGUAUCCACCACCAAGGCCACAUAUGUCCUUUCCAGGACAGGGCUAUCCACCACCGACAAAUUCACCAGCUGCUCCUAACAAUCAGUAUCAACCGGCCAGACCAAAUAAUUUGGUGCAAUAUCCACCCUAUCCCCAUAAAAUGGGCUUCAACAGUGUACCACCUGGUAUGCCACCAAGUCCAGGCCCACCACCACCUCCACCAUCCCAGGCUGGUGUUAAUUAUGGUGGUAGUGCUGGUGUACCAACCAAUACAUCAAUGACAACUGGUGGUAUUGGCAAUAUGGGACCACCAGCCAGUUCAAUGGGCCCACCACCACCAUCACCCAAUCAUGUCGGCAAUUCACAACAACAGCAGCAGCAACAUUCGCCAGCCCCACCACCACCACCACCCCCACCCCCACCAGGACCAUCAGCAAGUGGCCCACCGGGACAACAGCACCAACAUCAACAUCAGAAUGCGCAGCAUUCACAUCCGCAUCCACAACAUCCACAUCAUCCACCACAUCAAGGAUCUCAACAUCAAUAUCCACAACAUUCACAUCCUCAGCAUCCACAUCCACCAGCUGCUACACCACCGUUGAAUCAUGAGGGUAGCCCUAUGCCACCACCCAGUACAACACCAAAUUCACAUCCAGCUCCAGCACCAACGCCCACAAGCCAUGGAGGAGGGGAUAUUGGUGGUGAUGCAUCAAAUGACAGUGGUAUUACUACUACUGCUUCUGGUACUGCUGCCAUCAAUGUUACUUCUACGUCUAGUGGUACUGUUACUUCGGUCAUUACAACUGGACCUGAUGGUACCAGCAUUGAUGAGGGUUCGCAACAGUCUACUUUAUCCAAUGCCUCUGCAGCAUCUGGCGAAGACCCCGCAUUUACCCCAAAGAUCCGCAAGGACAUGAUUGGUGGUUACCACAGUCAUCCAGCUACCCCACAGAGUACAGUACCAUCACCAGGCGCAGCCAGCAUUAAUUCGAUACACGAAGAGUAUCCCGAUAUCAACAGUCCCAGUUGGCCACGCACCCCAGCCAGUCCUGUGUUUAACAGUCAUGUGCCUCAAGACCCGUACAGAUCUAAGAAGCCAGAUAGUUUGGCGAAACUUUACGAGAUGGACGACUCCCCCGAGCGACGAAAUUGGCUGGACAAAUUAGUGUCAUUCAUGGAGGAACGGAGAACACCUAUAACCAGCUGUCCUACCAUCUCCAAGAACCCCCUCGAUCUGUUUCGUCUUUACCUCUACGUGAAGGAAAGGGGGGGCUUCAUGGAGGUAUGCAAGGUGACGAAAAACAAAACGUGGAAAGACAUUGCUGGAUUGUUGGGCAUUGGCGCGAGCAGUAGUGCAGCGUAUACACUUCGCAAACAUUAUACAAAGCAUUUGCUGACGUAUGAGUGUCACUUCGAUCGAGGUGGAGUUGAUCCGCAACCGAUUAUCAAUCAAGUUGAGGCAGGAUCUAAGAAGAAGGGGUCUAAGGGCACGGCAUCAGUUCCAUCUCCAGGCUCCUCUAAUUCCCAAGACUCUUUCCCAGCAGCUGGAUCGAGUAGUGCCUCAAUGGACGGGUAUGGAAAUUAUCCGAGCAAUUAUCAGGGUGGCAAUCAGGGUGGGCCACCCUCUGACUACACACCACCACCACCAAGACCACCCAGUCAGAGCAGUGCACCAUCACCCCAUCAGGGUAUGCAGCAGGGAAAUUAUCAGAAUGCUGGGUCGUACCCGAAUUAUCCACAGGAGCAGUAUAUUCGACCACAGGGAGGCCCAAUGAAUCAACAGGGUGAAUUCAACCAGCCGUAUUCACCAAGAUCUCAUUAUCCUCCGUAUGUCUCUGAAGCUGACAGGGUCUACCCAGGUGGAAACAUUCCAGGAAACAGUGGGCCAGGUCAAGACAUAUACAACAGAUAUAGUGGCCCUCAGCAGCCGGGUUAUCCCCCGGGUCAGACGCCCCCAGGUAGAUCAGCGAAUUAUCCUCAGCCAGCUCAAAAUCAGCCCCCAUCAACGAGCCAGCCCUCGUCUCCCUCACCAUCCCCGGCAAAUCCAACUUACUCAUGUCCUCAAGAUUAUUAUCGCCAGGAGGCUGGCUAUGGCACACCACCGGGUGGCCAAAUGUAUCCAUCGAAUGUGCCAGCAGGUGGUGCCAAUAAGAACAUGCCACCUCCACCGCCAGGGCCCACUCAGCCUCGAAGACAUCCAGAUUUUACCAAAGAUCAGCAGUAUCCUCAGUAUAAUCAACAACGGCCACCGUAUCCAGGUUGGCCAGGUGCUGGUAAUCAGUACAAUCAGGUAACGGGAAGUGCUAACAACAGGGUACCAUAUCCGAAUCAACAGCCACCACCACCACCCACACAACAGCAGCCACAUCCGCCUCAUCAGCAUCAGCAACAUCCAUCACAUCCACCACAUCAACCACAUCAGCCACAUCAACCACAGCAGCCACCAUCACAAGCCCAAAGUGUAUCGGCUAAUGCACCGACUGGAUCUGGUGUUGCAAUGUCUAGUAGUAAUCAACCAUGGCCAAACUUAAGUAAUCAACCGCCAGCAAGGCCAUCCUCACAGCCUAGUAUAAAUCCAUUACCACAUGCACCACCACCACCUUGGGACAAUCGUUACUCCCAUCAACCCUCGACACUCUACCCACCACCUGGUUCACAUCAGGUGAGGGCGUCGCUACUGAGUCAGUUGAACAUGAAUCCAAUCAUAACUCAACAGGCAGCCCCGAAACGAGAAAUGAUAUUCCCACCUGACAGUGUGGAGGCUGUUACACCGUUACUCUACAAGAGACGUAAACUAGCGAGAAGCGAUGUUGCACCGGUCGAGGCAUGGAGAAUUAUGAUGGCAUUGCGCUCGGGGUUACUCGCCGAGAGCUGUUGGGCCCUUGAUGUGUUAAAUAUUUUGUUGUUUGACGACAGUUCGGUGAGUUACUUCGGCCUGACACAUCUACCAGGUCUCCUGGACGUCCUCCUGGAGCACUUUUCGCGCUCUCUCUCCGACAUGUUUGAGUCAUCCACCCUAGAGGAGGAUCACUGGGAGAAAACCUCCGACAUCCCCGAAGUGGAUCUCGGCGCGGUAUCACGCCCAAUAGACUCCGAGGAUCGUACAAAACUCCUGACAACCUCCAACUACACCUUCCUCUCGCGUCGCGGUCGUCCUGUAAAAAUGGUCCCCCGUGAUGAUGAUAUAUUUGUCCUUGACAAUCGUCGCCCCUGGGAUCACUUGGACACCGACGCUGAGUGUGAGCCCUGGCAAGUGGAUCCUAGUGACACCAAGUACAUAAUUACCUGUUUUCAAUCUGAAAUUGGAAUGGCACCAUUUGCGAGGCAUCUUCGCGACGAGAAACCCCCGCUAUUGCAAAAGGAAGUGGAGCCAUUGGAGAUAAAGGAGGAAUCCCGUAGCCAAGAUUGUGAAAAACUUCCUGAGAUAACAAACGAAUCGUUACCCAAGUGUCCCGAGCCCCUGGACAAGUCCUCAAAAGAAAAUGGGGAUAUGAAAUUGAGGCAGCCCCCCCAGCACCUCCACCACGAGAAGAAAAAGAAACCCCGAACCCUGAGCGAUGUACUCUCGAGGAUAAAGAAGGAGCCAGUGGAGAUGAACGAUCUGACCCGUGAACUUGUCGAGAAGAAAAACGACGGUUCAAAGCGUGAUUGCGAAGCAGAUGGUAAACAAAACAACAAUAUGGGUGAACACCCAGUGGACUUUGCGAAAAGCGAGGACAACAAUUUUCCCACGCACAAUGGUCUGAGUGAUUCGACAAGUACCUUCGAUCCUCAAGUUAAAUCAGAGGACGCCGAUAUCAGUGAUGAUAAUGACCACAAGAGCAACGACACCGAAACGAGGAGAACAAAAAAGAAAAAGCCUCGACCCGAUGAUGAUCGUGAGGAUAGAGACCAGACUGAUGACGAGGAUGAGGUGGCCAAGAGGGAUAAGAGCAAAAAAGACAGCGAGAUUGAGGAGGUAGACGAUAGUCACAAAGAGGGACCAAGAUUACAGAUAAAAGAUCCAGCAGGCACCCUAAAACGAAGAAGAAUAAGUGAUUACGAGGACGAGAGUUACUCGAGAGACGAGGCUAGCCUUUACUUGGUAACAGAGUCACAGGACAGUCUGGCAAGACGAUGUGUCUGUCUUUCAACAAUUCUCAGAAAUUUGACAUUUAUACCGGGUAAUGAAUUGGAAUUCGCCAAGAAUGUGACAUUCCUCAGUAUUCUUGGUAAAUUACUUCUUCUCCAUCACGAACAUCCCGUGAGAACUCAGAAAACGAGAAAUUACGACAGAGAGGAGGACGCUGAUUUCGCUGAUUCCUGCAGUAGUCUUCAGGGUGAAAAUGAAUGGUGGUGGGAUUUUCUAUAUCACAUACGUGAAAAUGUUCUCGUUAUGGCAGCCAAUAUUGCUGGCUACACUGAUCUCAGUCAACAUCCUGAGGAAAUAUCACGUCCAGUAUUAGAUGGUCUACUUCACUGGGCAGUAUGUCCAGCUGCUCAUGGACAGGAUCCAUUUCCCACUGUCAAUAUGAAUUCAUCUUUAUCACCCCAGAGAUUAGCACUUGAAGCACUGUGCAAAUUGUGUGUAACUGAGAGUAAUGUUGAUCUUGUUGUUGCAACACCACCAUACUCUAGAUUACAGAGAUUGUGUUCUGUACUAACGAGGCUACUGUGUCGCAGCGAAGAGCAGGUACUCCGUGAAUUCGGUGUAAAUUUACUUCACUUUUUAUCAGCAGCUGAUUCAGGAGUUGCCAGGACAAUAGCAUUACAAACGCCAUGUGUUGCACUGCUUGUUGCAUUUAUUGAACAAGCUGAGAGUACAGCACUUGGUGUUGCUAACCAGCAUGGUUUUGCUGCACUCAGGGAAAAUCCUGAAUCAAUGGGUACGAGUCUCGAUAUGCUGAGACGAGCUGCUGGUACACUUCUCAAUCUUGCCAGACAUCCUGACAAUAGAACACUUCUACUCCAGCAUGAGUCACGUCUACUUGCUCUUGUUAUGAGCCAAAUACUCGAUCAACAAGUGGCUGCUAUUGUUGCUCGGGUGCUAUUUCAGUGCUCAAGAGGUGCUGGUACGUAACUUGAAAUCGUGCAGGAUUUUACGGUUUUUCAAUGUUUAUGGAGAUAAGGGAAUUGAGUGGUUUUAGGAAGGGAUGAGGAAGGACGGGGGAGAGUCUAGAAAUGGGACUUGAGAAUUGUGAAGUUAAUCAGACUAAAGUGGUUUAUUUCAAUGAAAUAAGUGAGUGAGUGGGUAUCCCUUGGAUGAAUCUCCACAGAUUACAAAACGGCCAAAAAAGAAUUUAUUAAUGGAAUAACAUCAUGCCGAUGAUUACAAAGUAAUUUUUUUUUCUUUAUCGAUGGUGACGAGUGAAAAUAAAGAAUUCUUAGCGUUUUUCCACAUCCGGCACAGCAGUUGUUCUAGUUUUGUAUCGAGUUAAUGGGGGAUAAAAAAAAAUUUAAAAAGUAAUAAUUAAACGAAAAAAAUGGUAAUAAGAGGCAGAACGUGAAAAAAAUGAAGAAAAAAAAUACAAAAAAAUAUUAAAUAAUUAAGUAAGAGAAUAAAAAAAAUUAUUAAGUAAACAAUAAAUACAUAAUAACAUUAUUAUUAUAACGUUAAAAUGCUAAUUAUUGGUGUUAGCGCAUUGGAUAUACGAGUGGAUGGAUAUCGAUCAUUCGUAUACCGAUAUUUCAUUCGUGAAAACAAAAAAAAAAUUGGAAUAAAUAUCGAUAGUGUAAGAUAUUUCAUAGUUAUUGAGGAGAUGACUUGUGAUGAAAGAAAAAAAAAGCACUGGGCAAUGUCUGCAUAAUACUAGGGAAAAUCAUAAUCACCAGGAUUCAGCGACAAGGGGAGAGAAAGAGAGAGAUAAUUACCAAUUGACACAGUUGAUUGAUCAAUCGAUUAUUGACAGAAAAAAAUCGUGGACGGGGGUAGGGGGGAGGAGGAGUGGGUGUUCGAGAUGAAGAAAAAAAAAAUAAUAAAAAUGAUGAAAUAUUAUUAUAAUUGAAGUUAAUAUCGUCUGACGAUUAAUAUAAAUACUACGAUGAUAUGAUUAAUGCAAAUUUUUACAUUUGCAUGUUUUUGUGCUGUAAUUAGCGAGUAAUUAAGUAUAUUUUGUAGAUAACAUUACACUUCCAUUGAAUUCUUACGUAAAUUAAUUUACUUGUGGUGGAUUAUUGGAAACAAUCCCCCCUCCCCCGCCCUCUCUCCUCCCCCCCCUGAACCCCCAGUGAAAUUCAAUGUGGAAUUUUUUUUUUUCAAAUUAUUAUUUAAAUCCACUUUAGAAGUUUUUUUUUUUUAACAAAGGGGGGGAGGGUGGAAUGAGUGAGGACUUGGAGAGGGAGUAGUGGGAGGGGUUGAUGGAGUAUAUAGAUAUGAAUCGAAUCAUUUGCGAAGAGCCAUUGAGUGGGAAUGAUGAUGGGGCCUGGUGUGCUUACCUACCACAUGAGGGGGGAGGGGACGAUAAUUGCACACAAAAAAAAAACUAGGAAAUGAUUGUGACAAGUGAUAAUCAUCCUGCAAAAGGGGAUGGAGCUAUUAUCGACAUCUUGAUGAGAGUGAGACGAUAAAUUUUUCUUCAUUUUGCGAGUGAAAUCGAGCGCUUAAAGCGCUUCAUGAUGAGAAUGGAGUAGAUUUUUUUCUCGAGUGUGUGUCUGACUAUUUGCGUGCUUAAAAUAAAUUAUGAUGGAGGACACGUGGAGGCAAGGAGAGGGCUCGACGAAUUGGUGUAACGAUUUUGGGGGUGGAGGGGAGGAGGAGGUGGGGGAAAAAAAUGAAUUAUCACGGGUGUCUGUAAAAAAAUAUAUAUAUUGAUUGAAGUGAAGAAUAAUGCAAUGUUCAGAAAUGAACACUCGACUGGACAAUUGUGAAAGGGAAAUAAUUAUCCUGGGUUUCACAUUAUUUGUUCACCCAUGAUGCUGUAACAUGAAUUCUUUAUGUAGUAUUUUUUUAAUCAUUUUUCCGUUUCGUUCAUUAUUAUUUUUCUCCAUUUGUUCUUGUAAGAUAUGAUGACAAUUGCAUUAUUAUUUUUGACGAGUGGUAAUCGAUGGGAGAUUUUGGCUCAUCACCAUUAUCGCCAUUAAUCUCAUUACAUAAAUGGAGAGAAAGAGCGGAGAGAGGGGUGUGUUUUUUUUUUGCAGAGGUGAAUAAACAAGAAUUUAAUUAACUGAGGGCACGACUGCGAGUGAAAGUGUUAAAUAUGUGUGUAGAACUCUAGGGAAAACAAAUCAUGUUUUUUUUUUUCUUGUGGGGAGAGAUCGUUUGACGAUUCCAAAUAAUUUUUGGGAAAAAUUAUUUAAACGAAGGGGCAGGCGACUGUUUCAAUUGAGUGACAAGAGUGGGUGGACGAGACAAGAUUGUCCUGUUCGGUAGGCUUUGCGGGCUGUAGAGGUCAGAGAUUUGUUUUCAUCAUCAUUGAGUAAAAUGAUUAAUGAGGAAUCAGUGACGGGGGGAAGUUACAGAGGGAUAAUUUAAAAAAAAAACGAUAAAUUAUUUCAGAGGAAAAUGGGCCAAGCGCUAGCCUUUUAUUUGCAUAUUUUUUAUCAUCAUAAUUAUAUGCAUAUACAGUUCAUUUUAUCUUGUAUAUGUAUAUAAUUAGUACGAGAUAUAUAAACACAUACUAUAUAUAUUAUAUAUAUUAUAUACACACACAACACACACACAUUUUGACGAUCUCUAUUUCUCAUUUAAUUAGACGUUUGGCCAGCAACUGAUGUACGCAAUGAUUUUUUUAAAAUCGUUAAUUAUGCUUUUUCGUCGAUUUAUUAAAUCAAUUUUUUUUCUAUUUUAUUAAAUUUUUUUCACCUCAAAUCAAUUGAGGAGUGGAUCGAUCUUUUCUCCCGUUGAUUUACGAUUUUUCUUUGUUUUUCAAUUGGUUAUCGGUUUUCAUGGCAUUCCUCAUUAUGUGGCAUCGUUGGAGAAUUCAAUGAAUUUUUUUAAUCAUCAAUUUUUAGCGAUUCAUUUUUCUGGAAUUUAAUGACCGAUAUAUUUUUUUUUCGGUGAUUAUUGAACAAUGAGAGUAACGAAACUGUGAGGAUAUUAAUGGCUAACACAACAUACACGUUUCCCUGAAUCUUGGCUUACUCCCCAGCCCCCCAAAGUAUCCUACUCUAUAGACAUCUUAAUACGUGUAGCUCUUAAAUUAUUUACUUUAGUUUCGAGUGGAGAUGCCUGUAAGUGUAAUUUACUAAGACUUUUUGUAAAUAAAUUAUGAAAUAAACUAGAUGUACUUUAUCCAAUUA